AAGUUUUCAAGAAAGCUUAUGUUUAUCUGCAUUUAAUGUACACCAACUUUAGAAAGUGGUCUUUUUCUUUUUUCUUUCUUGUGGGGUUUUUGCUAUUAGUUAGUGGGACUUCAAACUUGACUCUGUUGGAGUUCGCUUUCUGGAUAACUAUCAAGAAAAUUUCAACUUAUAGCUGCUUUUGAGUGCAAAUUCUGAAAUUGGUCUCGAUAAUGAAUCGGACAAAAAUCAAGCGUAGAGUUGGUAAAUAUGAAGUUGGAAGGACAAUCGGUGAGGGAACGUUCGCGAAAGUCAAGUUUGCAAGGAAUUCGGAGACAGGAGAUAGUGUGGCAAUCAAGAUUCUCGAUAAAGAUAAGGUGCUUAAGCACAAAAUGGCUGAACAGAUAAAGCGGGAAAUAGCUACAAUGAAGUUAAUCAGACAUCCCCAUGUUGUACAGUUAUACGAGGUUAUGGGAAGCAAGACAAAGAUAUUCAUUGUUUUGGAGUUUGUUACAGGUGGAGAGUUAUUUGAUAAAAUUGUAAAUCAUGGACGAAUGCACGAAGAAGAGGCAAGGAAGUAUUUUCAGCAGCUUAUUCAUACUGUUGAUUAUUGCCAUAGUAGGGGAGUCUAUCACAGAGAUCUAAAGCCUGAGAAUUUACUGUUGGAUGCUUCUGGGGACCUCAAGGUUUCUGAUUUUGGGUUGAGUGCUCUAUCCCAGCAAGUCAGGGAUGAUGGCUUACUGCAUACCACCUGCGGAACUCCAAACUAUGUUGCACCUGAGGUACUCAAUGACCGAGGAUAUGAUGGGGCAACGGCAGACCUCUGGUCAUGCGGAGUCAUACUCUUUGUACUACUUGCAGGUUACUUGCCUUUUGAUGACUCCAAUCUUAUGAACCUGUAUAACAAAAUCUCUGCUGCUGAAUUUACGUGCCCACCUUGGAUAUCUUUUGGCGCCAUGAAGUUAAUUACUCGCAUCUUGGAUCCAAAUCCUACGACACGCAUUAUCGUUGCCGAAAUUUUAGAGGAUGAGUGGUUUAAGAAAGAUUAUAAACCACCUGUGUUUGAUGAGAUAGAAGAUGCAAACCUGGAUGACGUUGAAGCUGUGUUCAAGGACUCCGAAGAAUAUCAUGUAACAGAGAGAAGAGAAGAGAAGCCAACUUCCAUGAACGCAUUCGAGUUGAUUUCUAUGUCACAAGGACUUAACCUCGGCAAUCUCUUCGACGAACAGGGAUUCAAGAGAGAAACAAGGUUCACAUCUAAAUGCCCGGCCAAUGAGAUAAUCAGUAAGAUUGAAGAAGCUGCUAAGCCUCUUGGUUUCGAUGUUUCCAAAAAGAACUACAAGAUGAGGCUCCAAAAUCUGAAGGCGGGAAGAAAAGGGAACCUUAAUGUUGCCACUGAGGUGUUUCAAGUUGCCCCGUCUCUUCAUAUGGUUGAGGUGCGAAAGGCAAAAGGAGACACUUUGGAAUUCCACAAGUUCUACAAGAAUCUUUCAACCUGCCUAGAUAAGGUUGUAUGGAAAACUGAACAGGACAUGGAAGAGAAAAAAUGAAGAGCAAUAGAAUUUGCAUUUUUAAAAAGCUCUGUUGCUACCAAUUGUAAGAACUGUUGUGGUUCUUUCUUUCUUCUUAUUGUUUUUCCCUUUUUUUUUUUUUUUUUUUUUUUUUGAGGCCAUCUUUUCUGGCUUCAAAAGAUGUUUUACCAAUUGUUUUAUUAGAGGUAGGUGUUGGACAGAUAAUAGAGUUUGCUCCAAUUAAAAUUAAGCUUGUAUGAUGUGUAUCGCUUUUGACAAUUGUGAUUGCAAUUGUAUACUGUAUAUAGGAUUCUUCA